CAUGCGCAGCAGCAGCAGCAGCAGCAGCAGCUUUUAUUUUGACAUUUCUCACGAGGACAGUUUUUGUAGGUGAACCCGUGCAGGUGACAGACGUUCGGAAGGGAAACCCCGUACCCGAGGCCGGAGAGCGGGAGCAGGAGCACCACAGACCCUCCGCCGUCGCCGCAGUGUCCCCGUUCACGGUGUCUCCGUGGACAGUGUCUCCUCUGGCCUGAUUCACCGGGACUGUUCGUGUCUCUUCGCCGCUGCCACGCACUCUCGGUCGGAUUGAACCCGCCGAGGUCCCGCUGCCUUCAGUCCGCCGCAUUUCCGCAUUUUGGCGUCUGAGGCUCCGGUGAAACCGGGAGGUGAGCCUCCUCCAGCUCAGUGUCUCCAUGGUGAAGUGGGUGUGGUCUUAUGUCAGUCCCUCCCCCCUGUCUCGUGGACUCCUCCUCCGUGCCCACCAUGGUUUCUAGGCUGCCAAAGUUUGGCUCGCGGUCCAAAUCCACGUCGGUGUCCAACAGCGUUCAGACGGAGACCUCCAGCACUGGCACCUUCACUGGCGCCGCCGGGACCCGCCUCACCAACGGGUUCUACCACCACCCAGGCCCGGCAGGGGGAACUGGCCCCGCCUCCUCUCUGAAGCAGAAUGGAUUCCUAAGAGCACCGACUUCGUUCUCCAUGAAAUGGAGGAAGGACGACGGGACGCCACCACAGGAGGGAGGGACUAAUGCAGAGGUGGAGUGGAGACGAGGGAAAAGAGGGAGUGGCUUCCAGAAUCGCUCCGGGAACAACGUCCAUUACGAUUCUUCCCAACGGCAACAAGAAUCUAAAAAAACAACCACGGCCUCUGAAGGAAAGGGGCGUGGCUUUGUCCAGACGACCACGCCCUCAUCCUGGCCGUCAGCGCAGUCCAGCAGCAGAACACUUCCUGUUUCUAAACCUGGAUCUGAAGUUCCCAAACCAAGCCAGACCGCGUCCAGGCUGAACAGUGGUUUUCCUGGAUCCAGACCUCGCAGUGGAACCACGGGUUCCCUGAGACAACCUCAGACCGUUCCUCGUACUGUUGGUUAUAGACCAGGUCCUGGUCCAUGUUCUCGAUCUGGUUCCUCGUUUCAGAAGAAAGUACCAGCCAGCCGCUCACACUCCAGUGACGGUCUCGGGUCCACUCAGACCGUCCCGCUCUCUCAGAGCAACCGCUUUAGAUCACAAAGCCUCACCCAGGUCCGGCAGCAGGCUCCGCCCAUCCCCACACCCUCCUCCCUCCUUCCCUCCCCAACCAUCCCUCGCUCCUCCUUCACCAGCAGAGCUGCAGAACGAGCCACUGCUCAGGCUCCGCCCACAGGUGGCAGAAAAUCACCUGUUACCAGGCAGAGUCCAGAGGGGGGAGUUGGAGUGGGAGGAGUCCCACCACCCUCUGUCUUCAAGAAACCCCUCCUACCCAACCUGGGCCCCGCCUCUAGGCCCAGCGGCAUUAGCUAUAAACUGACACGCCCAUCUCUCUUCAAGAAGGCCCGCCCCCUGCGGGUGACUCCACCCACUGGAACAGAAGUGAAAGUGAAAUCAGUCGAAUUUAAAUCAACGGCCGAAAACUCUUCAGAAAAUCCUCCAGAGACGUUGGAGGGACUGUCCACAGUGUCUCAGGCAGAGGUGUCCAUGGUGGGGGAGACACUGGAGGACAUGUCCAUGUCUUCAACCUCGUCUCUGGACAGAAAUGACAUCAGUCAGGAGGAGUACAUGGACGAUUUCGAUAAUCUCGGAAACGGUGGAGUCGGCAUUUUACUUCUCUCCAAAAAUGAUGAGGACGACUCGGGGCUCGACCAAUCGUGUGCCAGAUUUGACGAUGGCGGAAUGAACGUUAAUGGCGUUGCCGUGGCGACAGCUCUGUGUUUCCUGGAGGACGGCAUAGACUGGGCUAGCAUGAAGCUAAGUGGCGAUGGAGCGCAGCGUCACGUGACUCCGCUGUCACGCCACAGACGCUCGAGUCACCACGACGACCACGAGCAGGGCGGCUCGUCUCUCGACCUGUCCCCCUCUGACAGCUGUGCGUCAGACGGGACCUACAUGUGGGACGAGGAGGGUCUGGAGCCACUGGGGGGCGCCAUCACCUCCACCUCCAUCAACACGAAGAGCAGCAACAACACGCUCCAACACAGCAGAGGGAGCUUUGACUCUGACGUCCACAGCAUCGACGUCCUGAACGAUCUGGACAAUCUGGACUCAUGUGACCUGGAGGACGAUGAUCUCAUGUUGGACGCAGACUUGGCAGAAGAUUUGUCUCUGCACAGCGACGGAGACGGUUUGUCCCACAUGGCCGAGUGGAGGAGGAGACAGCUCUGCUGGGGGACGCAGGACGUCCACAACGACAACGACAGCGACUUCGCGUGCUACGAGCUAACGGAGGAUCCUGGCAACAAGAGGACGGACGUGAACGGGGACGGAGACGUCGUACUGGACCUCUGUCCUUCAAGGACGGCCCUCCUCUCUGUGGCGACGCCCCCUGCUGGUGUGGGCGUGGACGUGGAGGACCUGGCUGAAGAAUGCUCGGCGGUGCGAUCGCAGCUCAAGAAUCUGCAGAUGUUACUGCUGCAGGACGAGGACGGGGACACUGUGAGUCCUGAUGUUAACGACUCGUCACAGAGCUCUGACUCUCAGGUGCAGCUCCUCCUGCAGGAGGUGCAGCAGCUCAGGGAGGAGCUGAGGAGUCGAGACCGAACCAUCGCACACCUGCUGCAGAUGUCUGUUCCCACGGUGACGGCCAGGUGUCGUUGCCAGGAGACGAUGGGGAGGACGGAUCAACACACACAGACGAGUGUGAUAGAGAGAGAGGGUGUGGCUUCACAGACGCCCAGGAGAGAAGAGGUGUCACAGAUAUUUGACUCCUCCCAUCAGAACGACCAGGAACCAUUGAUGAACCAAGUGUCCACGCCCCCACCGCCAGCCCAAGCACCGCCCCCAUUUUAUCCUCACUCUGAUGCGACCACUGACUCCACCCCCGAAGACAGAGAGGACGAUGGGAAUAGAGCAGUGAAGGAGACGGGAGGAGGGGGAGGAGCCUGCAGCAGAUCACUCAGGCUCCCCCAACCUUCUAAACUCCGCCUCCUCCCACCUCACACCUCCACCACUGCCCCGCCUCUAAAGACCAACACAUACAGGCAACCAGAGAGCGGCGUGACAUCAGGAGGUCACCUGAGGAUGUCCCUGCCUCGUCUCUGCCCCGCCUCCCGACGCCAGAGACAAACUGACGGAGACGACGUUUAAACUUUUAACCUCUGCUCCGCCUCCUGACCCCAACUGCUCCGCCUCCUGACCCCAACCGCCAUUGUAAUGCACUGCUGCAACUGUCACUCAACCGCUGCUCCAUCCAUUGCUCCACCCUCCUCUCAAACUGCUACUGAAGCCGUCAUCGGAUUAAAGGAUUAGAUUAGGCUUAAUCUGAAAGUUGAGGUGACUGCAGAAAUCUUUAUUAAUUAUUUAACAUAUUUAUUAUCGAUUGAAUUUAAAAUAAUAUUUAAAGUUUAUUUAUGUUAAAGCUGCUGUACGCGAGUUUUCUUCAGUAUUUGUUUUUUUCAUUGUUGCUAAUUUAAUCUGAAACCUUGUUUUAUCGUCUUUAUUUUUUAAAUAAAUUAAACAUUGGCUAACUUUAGAUAAUCUGUCUAAAGUGCAAAAAAACUCCGCCUUCAUGUCACAUUUCAGUUUUUAAAACUUUUAUUAGUUAUUAAAGUUAUUUGGAUCGAUCACAAACUGAUGUUUGACCUCCGGAGAGGAGUCAUGUGACCUCAGGCUCCUCCCACCAUGGAUUCUUGUUUGUUUUAGACAGAAGGGGGCGGAUCCCGCUGCAGCGGGAAUCCGUGCCAUGUUUUCACUCUGACCUGCUCUGACGAUCUCUGCGCUACAAGCCCCUCCUUCCCUCGGGUUGGCCCCUCCUCCAGACUGAAGGAGGCGGUCUUUCAUCACAAGAAUAAACUCCUGACCUUUUUUUUUACUUUCUGAUCCUUGACUUUUUUAAAUCACAUGACCACAACAAAUCAAAAAUGUUAAAGAAAAUCUUUUACGCACGUUUAGACUCAGAAGUUAGCAAAGCAGUGACUGUCAUGCUAGUGUUGCUAAUGUGAAGGUGGCUGUUAGCUUGUGUUAGCUGCUGUUAGCAAACACUGGCCAUGUGACAGGAUGGCUCUGAUUGGUCGGCGCUCGUAAAGCUAAAUAUUUUCUCUGCAGAAAAGAGAACUCAUGUACCCACAAUGCAUUUCAGCUCCAUAUUUAACGUGAGUCUCGUCAGCGCCGCCUGGUGGUUUUCACUCGUCUUAAAAAACAUCGUCAGGUUAGCGUUUAUCGUGAAAACAGAAACUGUUAAUAUGCAAAUAAAUCACAGGUUCAACUCCACACACGCCCUCGGGCAGAGCAGCUGCUCUUCAUCGUCAUCAUCGUCAUUGCUUGUGAUUCAGGUUGAGAUUAGAAUAUAAUCUGCGUGACUUUAAACUGAUGAUACUAUUAUGCACUGAUGCGUUAACAAAAUAAAAGUCAUUAUCUUGAGGUUAAUUUAAAUGUUUUUAUCAUUUAUGUUAAAUGAAGUAAGUUCAUGUUUUAUUGUGACUUCAAAAGUUUUUACCAUUUAUGUUAAAUGUGUUUACGUUCAUGUUAAAAUAUAAAUCAAUAAAUCAAUCAAUAAAUGAAGUGUUUGAUUUUCCUGAUGUUCAACACACACACACACACACACACACACACACAGGGACCCCUCCAGAGUUGUCGAUAAACCUUGUUGCCAUGGCAAAGGAGUUGGGUUGCUGUGGCAACGGCAGUGUUGGGAUUUUGACAGAGGUGUGUGUGUGUGUAUCAUGUUCUCUACUUCAUCUCCUAGGUUGUUUCCUUCCUCCCUUAUUUCCUUGAACCAUGUUGACUAGUCUCCUUUUCUGUUUCCUCCUGAUUCACAAACUUGUCUUCACUACCUUUUCUCACUGUGUCCUCACUACCUGUCCUCACUGUGUCCUCACUACCUUUUCUCACUGUGUCCUCACUGUGUCCUCACUACCUGUCCUCACUGUGUCCUCACUACCUGUCCUCACUGUGUCUUCACUACCUUUUCUCACUGUGUCCUCACAACUUUUUCUAACCGUGUCCUCACUACCUGUCCUCACUGUGUCCUCACUACCUGUCCUCACUACCUGUCCUCACUGUGUCCUCACUGUGUCUUCACUACCUUUUCUCACUGUGUCCUCACAACUUUUUCUAACCGUGUCCUCACUACCUGUCCUCACUGUGUCUUCACUACCUGUCCUCACUGUGUCCUCACUAACUGUCCUCACUGUGUCCUUGUGUCCUCAGUGAGACAUACAAGUUUGAGGUUAACGCUGAAAUCUGUUUUCUUUCAUCAGGAUUAGGAUUAGGUCAGUAGUAAUUGUGGUUAAGGAAAUGAAUGUAAGUCAAUGCAAUGUCCCCUCAAGUCAUGAAUGUCCAACAUAUGUGUGUGUGUGUGUUUCAGUGAAUCUUAAAG